AAUGCGAAUCAAGUUAAUGUACGGUAAGAUCCCAUCGACAGGCUAAUUGUUAGCAUCAAGUUCCAGGAGUGAGAUUCAUUCAAAUAAUGAAUAUACACGAUCGCUUUACUAACACGUGCAACCAGAUGACACAGCAAUACUCAAAGGCCGCGUGUAGGCAUAUCCCACCCUCAGAAGGUCGCAGGCCUGGCUUCAAGGAUGGACUGUGCACUGCUGCUCCUGUCCCUCAUGUGCGCUCUGACUGCAAGCGUGACGCCGCAGGCUACCGCAGACUCGUGCCCGAAGAGACUCGUUGGAGACGAGCGGAGGAGGACGUGUCCCCGUCCGUGCAAAAGCGACCGAGACUGCGGCAGCAAGCGGCAGUGCCUGUGCGACGGACAGUGUGGGCUCAGCUGUGUGGCUCCAGGUCGCACUUGCCCCUGGCCGCUGCCCCACAGAGAGGACGCCGUGGUCAGCCUGCUCUCCCCCACUCACGCCUUUUCCGCCUUCCUGGAAGUGCGAUGCAAGCCGGGCUUUGCCUUACCGAGUGGCCUGGAUUUCACCAUUCGGCGUUGCCAAGGCGACCGUCGGUGGAGCGGAGACGAGCCCAUCUGCACAGAAUCUGCUCUCCCUGCACCGAGCCCGCCGUCGCCGACGUGCCUCCUUCCUCGGGAGGUGACGAGCGCCUUCGCCAUCGUGGGCACCGCCGCCGUAGGAACGGCCAUCCGCUACAGCUGCCUGUCAGGGGUCGACAUAGUCGGAAGCAGUGAGAAUUACUGUCGGGACAAUCAAACCUGGCAGUAUCCGCACCCCAUCUGUAAAAAGGUGUACUGUGAGCCUCCUCGCGAGGUGGCGGAGGGCUACGUGGUGGCCGUGCAGAAGACGGAGUACGAGGUGGGCUUUGACAUCCAUUACCUCUGUAAGAAAAACUUCCACCUGGAUGGACCGCAGAAGGUCACCUGUUUGUCUAGCGGCAGCUGGAGCGCGGCGCCCCCAUCCUGCAGAGCCCGCUGCCCCAUCCCUGCCACGAGAAGCCGCGUGAUGAUUGACGGCGCCAAGCGGUGGCCUUCCGACAUCACAGACGCGAUGGUCCCUCACGGAGUGAACGUGACGUUCUACUGCAAACACCCUCACAAGCAGUGCAGCUUCAGCGCCUCGCGGACGUGCUUCGACGGCCAGCUGCAGCCGCCGGCCUGCUACCUCGAGCCCACCUGGCUGCAAUUUCAACUCUUCCCUCACCGGCUGGUCUCCGAGAUUGAAGCGUGCGCCGACGCCGACGUGGGGACCUUCUGAUCUCGUAGCGCACUCGUGACACAUAAGGCCGUCAACGCCUACUGUUGCUGUGGAUCAGAGGGAAAAACUAACUGGUCCGGGACUCCUGGCGUAUGGUGUGAGCCCUGAUCUGACAAUUUGCACCCAUCUCUUCCAGAAGGGAAGUUUGGAAUUACACACACACACACACACACACACUGUUUGUAAUAUUUCUUAAAACAAUUAUGUUUUGACAGUACCACAAAAUUAAUAUGACCUGUCAAAAAUCAUCCACGAGUGCAUGUUUUUUUUUUUUUUGCCAGACACAGUACAAAAUAAUUCGAGGCUUUGGAUGGGUCCUGAAGACAACUUUUUUUUCCUCCCUCAGCUCAUUUUCAUCAUGCACUCAUGUCAAGUCAUAAUGACUGUUUGAACAAAUAUGACAACAAGUUUGUUUUUAAAUUGCAACUAAUCCCCCUUUUAUACAAAACACCAAACCUAUCCGGUAAUGAUCCUGCGAUUUAUUGUAAAUAGCAAUCACCGUGACCCCAUGGUUACGCAUACACCGAGUGGAUAUUUCAUUAGGUACACCCAGAAAUAGAAAAAUCUGCGUUCACGAGAUAGGGGGGUGAGGGCAAUUUGUAUAGCACCAUUUAUAUUACAAGCAAAUCCAUAGUGCUUUACAUAGGCAAAGAAAUAAA